AUGGCCCGAUUCCUCGCCGCUCUCUUGUCCCUCUCACUCUUCGUCUUGCCAUCGGUUUUUGCUCAUGUACAGCUGCUGGACAACCACCAUUCAUUUGCCUUGAGUGCCCUCGUGGCCGUUCCCAAUAUCUUUGUCCCCGCCGUCUCGGGUUACGUUGUUACGGUCCCUCCUGGUUACAAGCGCCACACCCAGGACGACAACAAACAGAACAAGAACAACAAUGGAGAUGCUGGCGCCGUGGCUUCCAGCGCGAGCGACACUGCUGCCGCUUCCACAGCCGCUGCUGAUGCCGCAGCCAUCGCAGCAGCCAAUGGUACCGCCACUGCUGCGAGUGUGACCGAUGACGCUGCCGCAGCCGCCGUUGCGAGCGCCACUGCUACAGCUGUUGAUUCUGCUGCCGCUGCCGCCGCCACAGACGCAAAUGCCACUUCGACAGAUACUACCGGAUCGAACAACAAUGGCAAUAACGGAAACAAGAAUGGCAAUGGCAACAACAAUAACAACAGCAAUGGUAACGGUAACGGUAACACCACUGGUAAGACCAACAAGAACACCAACGGAAAUGGCAAUGGCAACGGCAACACAACUGGUAACACCAACAAGAACACCAACGCAAAUGGAAACGGAAACACCACCGGCAACGGAAACGGCAAAAAGCACAAGAAUAACAACAACAACAACAACAACAACAACAACAACAACAACAACAACAACAACAACAACAACAACAACGCAAAUGCCAACGCCAAUGCAAACGCAGACACAACUGGAAACAGCACAACCACUGCCACUACCACUACCAACGGCAACGCUUACAAGAACUCCAACACCAACACCAACAAGAACAGCACCGGCAAGAACAAGAACAACAACAACAACGCAAAUGCCAACACUUCCAACUCCAACUCCACUACUUCCGCCAACGCUGCUGCUGCCGCAAACUCCAACAGCACCGCAGAUGCCACUGCCGCAGCCAGUACCACCUCCGCCACCUCCAACAACGGCACCACCACUACCAGCGGAAAUGGCAAUGGCAAGAACAACAACAACAACAACGGCAACACCUCCAAGACCAAUGGCAAUGGCAAUAAGAACAGCAAUGGCAACACCAACACUGGUACCACCAGCGCCAACGGAAACGGCAACACCAACGCCAAUGGAAAUACCAACAACAACGGCGGCAACACCGUAACCACUCUGCUCAACGACGCUCUCAGCCUCAUCAACGGCCUUUUCAACAAGAACAACAAAAGAGCCGUGGACGACGGCGCCAACAGCAGCACUCCCUGCCCCGACGACCACCACGAGACAGCGUCGACGGUGAAGAGACAUAUCCGCAUCAUGGAUCGACGCGCACUGCCGGUGGUGGCUUGA